UGUUGACGUUUCCUUUUUUUUUCGUCAUAACAAAAAAAUCAAAUCAAAUCUCUUGAUAAAUGUUGAACAAUAGAACGUACUCCGCGUGAAAUGUGACUAUAGUGAAAUUGUAUUUACUUACAGCCCGUGUCCGCGGUGUACUUUCAUUGAUAUCUUAAAAUCGAUUACAUUGCACCUUAACUAACGACGUACAGGUAAUACAACCAAUAACACACUUUGCUCGUAACCUAUAAAUUGUCUAUUGUAUAUUUCAUCGACGAAUUUUUAAUUUGAAAUAAAACAAACAAAUGGCGGACGAGCUCAUCAACUACAAACUGCAGCUGCAGCAGAGAAAAUUUGCUGUCCAUAAAAGUCUUGAACUUCAGAUAUGUUUUACCUGCGUUACCCCAAUUCAUCAAUCAACAUCAAUUGGAAGUUUUAGCUGAUAUUUAUUCACCAACUGAUUGGUUACUAUAAAAACAAACAACCGUGGAUUCAGCAAUGUUGAACAGUCCACAUCCGGAUGUGAUCAUUUAUACGCACCGGUAGAAGCUGCGUUAACCAAUAGUCCUGAUGAUCCAGAACUUAUGAAACUAAAAACUGAUUUAGAAGAAGUAAUUGAACUUACUGCUGAACUAGUAAGAACGCAAACUCAACCUAAAAAAGAAACUGUUCAAAUAAAAAAAGAAUCAUCAUAUCAACCUGAUAUACUACCAUCUGUUACAAAGACGAAAGGUGAAUGGAAAUCAGGAGACAGAUGUUUAGCACAACUUGCUGAUGAUGGCAAAUUUUAUGAAGGUACUAUUGAAACUAUUGAUGGAGAAGCUGUAGCAGUUUUAAUAGAUGGACAAAAAACUGCUGCAGUUACCACUAUGGAUUAUAUUAAAGAUUUGCCUAGAACUCAUCCUAAUGAAAUGAAACAUAAAAAGCAACCUGUUGCUAAAUAUAGAGAAUAUCAAAAAAAAAGAAAACUUGCUAAACAGCAGAGAUUUAAACAAUUAGAAGAAGAAAGAGAAGUUGAGAAAAAUAAAUGGCUUGCGUUUGCUACUAAAGGUGUAAAAAAAGGCAUACCGAAAAAGAGUAUAUUUGCUUCUCCCGAUAAUGUUAAUGGAAGAGUUGGUAUUGGUACCUGUGGCUUAGGAGGAAAAGGUAUGACAGAAUUUCCAACAGCUGAAAAAAGAAAAAAAUAAGACUGCAAUAUUUAUGUAUUAUAUUUGAAAAUUGUAAAAAAAAUAUUUAAAUCAAUCCAUCAUAUCAACAUAUUUGUUUGAUCUUCAUGAAUUAAUGUUUUUUUUUUUUAUUAUUAUUAAAUUAGAUAUUACUUUUCGGUGUCUA